AUGUCAAAAACAAUCAGCACCCCUUCUUUAAAUCAUAAUAUAGAUCGAAAUCCUUCAAUUUCAAAGUCAUCAGAGUCUAAUUUUGUACUUGGUUUAUCAACUACUUUUUUCACUGCAGGAAUAAUUGGCUCGUUAUGGUAUACCAAACGUAAAGCCAAACCUUUGUCUACAGAAAUUUUCUCAACAUCAAAUCAAUUAGGAAUAAAUUCUGGAUAUAGAAUUGCAACUUUGUACUCUUUUCAGGCUUUAGCAAUUGGAACUAUUCUUUGUGUUUCAGUUAGUGGUUUAUGUGCAAUUGGAAUUGGUACUUUACUUGGAGUCAGUAAUUUGAGAGAAUUUCAUGGAAAAAUGAAAGAUUUGGUUCCAUAUUAUGUUCCUUCAUUACGUAAAACACUAAAAAAUUCAGAAAAAAUCAAACUCAGUAAUUCCGAACAAGAUGAUUGGAAAAUUUUACAAGAUGAAUGGGAAAAACAUUUGUUAGAGAAAAAAUUAAAAGAAAUACAAAAUCCUCCUCCCAAAAAAUGGUGGCAAAAAUGA